GAGCACAAGGCGGGAUUUGUGUCCCGAUCCAGGAAGUGGAUUAAACGUGUCUCCCAGAAAUAUUUUGGUGUUUUUUUUUUUAUUUUUUUACAGUAUUUACCUAAAACUUUACCUUUACAUUAAUACAUAUUACUUGUAAUUCUCUUAAAUCGGUAUUAUAGCAGCGGUCAUGGAGUUUCCAGAAUGCUUCAGCCAGCUGGAGCUGUUAGAGACGCACGGCCAUGUGAUCCCCGUGGGGACGGAGAGCGCCUGGGACAAGGAGGACAGUGAGGAUGAUGAAGGCCAGCAGAGUGAGGAGUGGCUCCAACAACAGGAACUGAAACGGGAAGACGAUCCGGUGGAGCUGAUGCUCUGGGCUGCUGAGAAGAACCGAUUGUCCACAGUGCAGCGGCUGGCCGCGUCCAAUCCGUCCCUCGUUAACUGCCGUGAUGAUGAUGGUUACACGCCUCUCCAUCGCGCGUCCUACAGUGGUCACCAGCUCAUCGUGACCUUCCUCCUGGACUUGGGCGCUGAUCUUCAUGCCAGGACGGUGGACGGCUGGACACCUCUGCACAGCGCCUCCCGCUGGGGACACACUGCCAUCGCAUCGUGUCUCCUGCGCCGGGGGUCAGAGGUCAACGCCAUGACGAACGGUCAGCUUACACCUCUGCAGCUGGCGGCGGGAAACCCUGCAGUGCCGCAGACCCUGGAGCUCCUGCUGUCCCAGCGCACCCUGCAGGCAGGACUGAGGAACAGCGGCGGGGAGACGGCCUACGACAUCGCGCUCAGGAAAACAGCACACUCCGGCCUGUUGGAGAUCACAGAGCCCUGCAACAACGUCUACUGACAUGAACUUCUGGACAAAACGGAGAGAGCAGGAGAUCUCUGACAGGAAGGAAGAAAUGAAACAGAAACACUGCUGGUUAUGACCAGAGGCUCACUGAGACACUGAGACAUUAAUCUCAUCUCCUUUACACACAAACAUCUUUUCUGGACAAGGUGGCUACGGCUACAGACGAAGCAGUGAAUAUUCCAGCUUUCGUGUUCCUGUGUGCUGAUUCUUAAGAUCAGAUCCACAAUCAUCAACAAUCUGAAUGAAUAUAAACACUGUAAAUAAGAACAGAGUUUAAUUAUAUUAAAAACAAACUGGUUGCAGUUUAU